AUGAGGGUGCUCUUACUGUUAUAUAUCGCCUCGUGGUCCCUGUGUUGUGUUUAUUGUAAAAAGCGUGAAGGAGAAGACAAACCAACUUGGGCUAAAAAGGAUGUACGAGAUUACACUGAUGCAGAUUUGGAACGUUUGUUCGAUCAGUGGGAAGAAGACGAAGAGCCGCUCGAACCCGACGAACUGCCGGAACAUUUAAGGCCGCGUCCGAACAUCGAUAUGUCCCAGCUUGAUUUUUCGGAUCCGGAAAAAAUCAUGCAGAUGACGAAGAAGGGACAAACUGUGAUGGCAUUUGUGCGGGUUUCAGGAAAUCCUACGGCAGAGGAAACGAAGGAAGUGACGAGCAUUUGGCAGCAGGCUUUGUGGAAUAAUCACAUCCAAGCAGAGCAGUAUCCCGUUGAUGACAACAGAGUUAUAUUUCUCUUCAAAGAUGGGUCGCAAGCCUGGAAAGCGAAAGAUUUCUUGCUAACUCAAGAGAAGUGUGCGGAUGUUACGAUUGAGGGGAAAACGUAUCCCUCGCCAAAUGAGAAGAAACUCAAUGAUGAAUUAUAG